UUUUUUUUUUUUCAAUAUGAGAAUCUACAUUAUCCAUCCAUCAUUAAUCUUUAGACUUUACCAGUUACCACCAUGGAAAAUUUGAAAUACAUUUGGAAGCUAAAAGAAGAGGGGUUUAGCCAUUAGCCUCUUUAGUCUUCUUCUUUAACUCGUAGUCGUAGGUGGGUGGUUGGAUUAUUUUUUAGAAUAUGCUUUAUGGUUAGGGCUUUUAGAAGAGCAGCAUUCCUUUUCCUUUUCCUUUUCCUUCACUUGAGAUUGUAGGCUACUCUUUUGUGUGAACAAACAAGAAUUCCCUCAAACCUUUCUCUUCUUCAAAUCUUUUCACUUUGCCAAUUUUGUUGCAAAUGCAAGUCUCGAAAAUGGGUUUCCUUUGUCUCUUCAACAGUCGAUCUCUUUUGCUCUGUUCACAAGUUUAACAACUUUCUUUGUUCAUCUUCUCGUUUGACUUUUGAAUUUUGAUGAUUUCUUGCUCAUCUUGACCUCUCUGUUCGUCGUUUUUAGUCUUUUGAGUUGUUAACUUGUUAUGGCACCAAAAGGGGAGUUUUUCCGGUGGUGGGGUAAGGAUACACGGAAGGGAACUCCGGUGAUUGUAACAAUGGAGAAUGUUAACUACUCCGUAGUGGAAAUCGAUGGACCUGAUUCAGCAUUUAGGCCUAUAGACAAGGAUAGAGUGAAAAACGCUAAACAGUUCACAUGGGUUUUGAUUCUGAAAGCAAAUCGAGCUGUCGGUUGUCUUGCUUGGUUAGGUCAUAUCCUGUGGGCAUUACUUGGCGCCAUCAAGAAACGGCUUUUCUUAAGAAAUGGAGUGGCGAUGGAGAGUGAGAAUGAGAAUGAGGGGAAAUCUGGAAAAGGAAAGUUCUUGUUUGGAUUUAUUCUGUGCUUGUUAAUGACAGCUAUGGCGUUCUUAGGUUUUGAAGUGAUUGCUCAUUACAUGAGAUGGCCGUAUUUCCAAGAACAUAAUCUGCACAUCCCACAAACUUUGGAGAUAAGGAGUUGGUUGCAUUUGAUUUAUGUUUCUUGGUUGGGUUUUCGAGCUGACUACAUUGCUCCUCUCAUUCUCUCUUUCUCUAAUUUCUGUGUUGUUCUCUUCUUGAUUCAAUCUCUAGACAGAAUGAUACUUUGUCUAGGUUGCUUCUGGAUCAAAUACAAGAACAUCAAACCAAGAAUUAACGGAGAUCCGUUUAAUUCCAACGAUAAUGAACCCUCUAAAUACAUCUACCCUAUGGUUCUUGUUCAGAUUCCAAUGUGUAAUGAGAGAGAGGUAUACGAACAAUCAAUCUCAGCAGUGUGUCAACUUGAUUGGCCUAAAGAUCGACUGUUGAUUCAAGUUCUUGAUGAUUCUGACGACGAGAGUAUUCAGUGGUUGAUUAAGGGGGAAGUCUCGAAGUGGAUGCAGAAGGGUGUCAAUAUCGUAUACAGACACCGACUAAUCAGAACUGGUUAUAAAGCUGGGAACUUAAAAUCUGCCAUGAGUUGUGAUUAUGUCAAAGAUUACGAGUUCGUCGCCAUAUUCGACGCUGAUUUUCAACCAAACUCGGAUUACCUCAAGCUCACAGUUCCCCAUUUCAAUGAGAAUCCAGAGCUAGGGUUAGUUCAAGCGAGAUGGGGAUUUGUGAACAAAGAUGAAAAUUUACUAACACGACUACAAGACAUAAAUUUAUGUUUCCAUUUUGAAGUGGAACAGCAAGUGAACGGGGUGUUUCUUAAUUUCUUUGGAUUCAAUGGAACAGCUGGAGUUUGGAGAAUUAAAGCACUCGAGGAAUCAGGAGGUUGGCUUGAACGCACAACUGUAGAAGACAUGGACAUAGCUGUUCGAGCCCAUCUCCAUGGCUGGAAAUUCAUCUAUCUUAAUGAUGUCAAGGUCCUCUGUGAAGUUCCUGAAUCAUACGAAGCUUACAAGAAACAACAAUACCGAUGGCACUCUGGUCCUAUGCAACUCUUUCGUGUGUGUCUUCCAUCCAUAAUUACUUCCAAGAUAUCAAUUUGGAAGAAAGCGAACCUGAUACUACUGUUUUUUCUCUUGAGGAAGCUUAUUCUUCCGUUCUAUUCUUUCACAUUAUUUUGCAUUAUUCUUCCAUUAACCAUGUUUGUUCCAGAAGCAGAGCUUCCAGCUUGGGUUAUCUGCUACGUACCUGUGUUCAUGUCAUUCUUAAGCAUUCUUCCCGCUCCAAAAUCUUUUCCCUUUAUUGCCCCUUACCUUCUAUUCGAAAACACAAUGUCUGUGACUAAAUUCAACGCCAUGGUAUCUGGAUUAUUCCAGUUAGGUAGCUCAUACGAAUGGGUUGUCACCAAGAAAGCAGGUCGAGCCUCUGAGCCAGAUUUAUUAGCAGCAGCAGAGAGGGAGUCUCUUCCCGCCAUGAAUCUUCAACAAUCACAUCGAGGAGCUUCUGACAGUGGUCUCUCAGAGCUAAUCAAACUGAAAGAACAUCAAGAAUCUCCACCUAAAAAGAAGAAAACAAACAAGAUAUACAAGAAAGAGCUUGCGCUUGCUUUCUUGUUGCUGACUGCAGCUUUGAGGAGCUUGUUGUCAGCUCAUGGUGUGCACUUUUACUUUCUGCUGUUUCAGGGAGUGUCUUUUCUCCUUGUGGGACUUGACCUAAUUGGUGAACAAAUGAGGGCACAUGUUGCUGCUAGGGUAAGAUCUUUGAUAUGA